AUGGACGAAUUCUCUUCGCCCAGACCGAAGCCCAUUCCACCGCAUCUCGUCAACGGCCACAGUCCACUGCAUCCAGCUGCAUCCGCCGAAAGAGACCGCGAAGAUCGAGACAGUGUUCUCGCAGCCAUAAAAUCUAGCAUGGGACCACGGCGCGAACCUAUAGAUCUAGAAGAGCUCGAACAGCCUCUGCCGCUCCACACAGCUUCUCCAAGUAGAGGAAGAGAAUCAUAUGCGCCUGUUCCUAAGCGAAGUCCUGGCAAGCAGUAUGCCGAAGUUGACGAUCACGACAUGGAAGAUUUAGAGCUUCGGGUUCAGGCACGAGAUGAAAGGGACGAGGCGCCGAUGACUCCUCCAGCGACCUCACGGUCCAUGAGUCCAAUCAUUGCAAACCCCACGAUCGAUUUUGAGGGCUUGUCGUGGCCGAGCGCCGGCACGUUGGCCCGAUUACACGAGCGUGAAGAUGCCGAGAAGGCGCAGGCACGCUUGCAAAAGCUAUCAGGUGCAGUACGAACGAUUCUGGAAUGCUUAGGCGAAGACCCGGAUCGGGAGGGAUUGCAUGGUACGCCCGAGCGGUACGCCAAAGCCAUGAUGUUCUUCACAAAGGGCUAUGAAGAGAAUCUGAGGGAUGUGGUUAAUGGCGCAGUCUUCCACGAAGACCAUGACGAGUUAGUCAUUGUCAAAGAUAUUGAGAUCUAUAGCCUGUGCGAGCACCACUUGGUGCCAUUCACUGGCAAGAUGCACAUUGGCUACAUUCCAAACAAUCGAGUCAUUGGACUCUCCAAGCUCGCACGAAUCGCUGAGAUGUUUAGCCGGCGUCUCUCGGUGCAGGAGCGUCUGACCAAGCAGGUUGCGCUAGCCCUGUCGGAAGUGCUAAGACCGCAAGGUGUAGCAGUAGUAAUGGAGAGCACACACAUGUGCAUGGUCAUGCGCGGCGUACAGAAAUCCGGGGCCAUCACGACCACGAGCUGCAUGCUCGGCGCCAUGAGAAAGCGAGCGAAGACUAGAGACGAGUUCUUGAGCUUACUGGGAAGGAAAUAG